GGCGGCCGCCUGCUCUUCUCUUUUAUUUGUGUUUAGUGUGUCCGCCCGCCUUGUGUUCCUGUUGUGUUGCGUUCACACGACAAAGAGGAUGAGCUGCACACGCACACGCGCAAACACACGCACUCCGCUGCACGAGAUGGACGAGCAUGUCGCCGCGAGCAGGCUGUGACAUCACCACAACAACAUCGAGGUUGUCGGCAGAACGACAAUCGAGGACGUUCUCCGAACACCCGACUCUUUCCCAAGAUUCCCUGCUGGAAUGCCAGAUCUGCUUCAACUACUUCAGCCCGCGGCGGCGGCCCAAGCUGUUGGACUGCCGCCACACGUGCUGCUCCGUGUGCCUGUCGCAGAUGCGCAGCAGCCACAAGGAGAUCCGCUGCCCGUGGUGCCGCGGCGUCACCAAGCUGCCGCCGGGCCUCUCCGUCGCCCACCUGCCCGACGACCCCGACGUGGUCGCCGUGGUGGCCAUCCCGCACGCCUCCGAACGCACGCCCGUCUUCAUCCGGCUGCCCGGCAGCGGCUGCUACAUGCUGCCGCUGCCCGCCGAGGAGGAUCGAGCGCCUGGGCUGCUGGCGUGCCGCUUCCUCCCGGGCGGCGGGCAGAAGGGCGUGGCGGUGGUGAGCGUGCCCGAGGAGAGGCCUCUGGACGCGGUUCUAGAAGGGGAGGAUGGUGAAGAGGAGCGGCGGGUGAGCGGGCUGGCAGCGGGCGGGGCGGCCAAGGGGUCCACGUGGUCGGGCGUGUGCACGGUGGUGCUGGUGGCGUGCGUGCUGCUGUUUCUGCUCGGAAUCGUGCUGCACAACAUGUCCUGCAUCUCCAAGCGCUUCACCGUCAUCUCCUGCGGAUGAAUCACGGACGGAGUCAGCCGUGACCCACCGCAGAUGCCAACGAGAAGGUAGCCGAGAAGCUACCUUUGGAGACUAAACAUUCCCAAGAGCUUAUCCAGUCCAUCCUUUACCCUUUUGUUAUUCUAGGCUCAAGCUCCUCUGAUUGGUUGUUUAGUUUGUGAUUAGUUAAAGUAAGUCGUUUUUUGAAGAGACUUUGGACUCAGACUCCGACUGAGUCUAUAAGGACAAAGCUUGUAUGUGACUUGUCCACUGAGUCCGUCUUGUCAAUAAAGUUGUGGUGUUAGAACACAAAAGGUGACGUCUUUGGUCUUUCGUUUCCAAUCUUGAAGGUUGCGCUUCAGUGGGUUCGGCUGGAUUUGCAUAC